AUGGCUGCGAAUCUCGUCCGCUGCGCCGUCGCCCUUUUCGUCGUGUCGCUCGUGAGCCUGUCCUUCGCGCCGGCCGCGGAAGCUCAGCGGCCGUACUGCCGCUUCGACGGGAGGCUGGUGAUGAGCAACCUGGUGAGGGAGCUCAAGGCGGCCAAGAAAUACUCCACAUUCCUGGACGGGCUCAGGAAAACAGGGCUGGACAAGGAUCUGCGCGACCUGUUCCACUGCUACGAGGCGACCGUCUUCGCUCCCACCGACGCCGCGUUCGCAGGGCUCUCCAGCAGCGUCAAGGCGAAACUCAGCGACAAGAAGGUGCUUCGCGAGGUGCUGCUGCUGCACAUCGUCAAGGGCAAGAAAUCCAACGCCAAGCUGAUCGAACAGAAGAAGGGGCAUCAGUGGCCACCCCCAUCCCGCAUUUUUCCUCUGCAGUACGAAGCUGCAGCAGACUACUGCAAGGCGCGUCUGGUGAAGGUGUCAUCUGCGGGGACCAAGAAGGCCAAGGUGAAGGCCGAAGGCGGUGUGGACGAAGCUGCAGUGGUGGCUGCUGACGUGGUGUCGCUGAGAGUGGUGGUGGCGCAUGGUGUGGAUGACGUCAUCCUGCCUAAGACCCUCCGCAAGGGCGACAGCAGCAGCCUCAAGCCUAAGAAGUGCAUUGCCUGGUACAAUUGA